AGGGGGAUCCCUUGUCGGCUCGUGACAGCCCCCUGCCCUCCAUCCUCCUCGGCGGGCCCGUGCCCCUGGCGGGUCCAGCUUCCCUCCCCUCGCCGCCGGGCAUCCGAGCCCGACACGUAGCGGGCGCAUCCUGACUCAAUCUUCCCAUCGCCCGGGGGCGUGAGCGCGGGGACAAGUACCUGACAGCGCGUGGGAGAGCUCGGCUGUGUGGAUGAGCAGGGUGACCUUUGGCCUGCUGAUUCAUCCGGCGGGGCCUUAGUUUCUUUCCCUCUAGAAUGGGCGCAGUAACGGAACGCACCUCAGGGGGUGGCGGAAUGUAUUACAAGAUAACAAGAAGCAAAGGGCAGCGACAGCGUGGCUGUCCCUUGGCGAGCGCGCAAUGAGUGUUAGCCAUCCUCGGGAAUGGGGGUGGCCCCCUCCAGGCCCCGGGACGGGAUGGCCGCCCCGCCCCCAUCACCUGAGCCCUCUGUCCCUGUCCCCAGCCCCGGCCUUGGACUCGGCGGCCGCCGGGGACCUGACGGACGCGCUGUGCGAGUUUGACGCGGUGCUGGCCGACUUCGCGUCGCCCUUCCACGAGCGCCACUUCCACUACGAGGAGCACCUGGAGCGCAUGAAGCGGCGGAGCAGCGCCAGCGUUAGCGACAGCAGCGGCUUCAGCGACUCCGAGAGUGCAGAUUCGCUUUAUAGGAACAGCUUCAGCUUCAGUGAUGAGAAACUGAAUUCUCCCACAGACUCGACCGCAGCUCUGCUCUCUCCCGCUGUCGCUCCUCGGAAAGCCAAACUAGGAGACACGAAAGAGCUAGAAGACUUUAUUGCUGAUCUUGACAGAACGUUAGCAAGUAUGUGAAACAAGGAGAAGUUCUGGGUCCUUUCAUCAUAAGGGAGAAGCUUCAGAAAGCUCUGAGGACCUGGUAAAAUCAGCUACAGAAUUUGCUGCCAGAGGAGGCGGAGAUGCGUGCUCACCUGCCACCAGGCUGUUCUCAGGCACGUCCUAAAACCAGCCUUGGGACUCAUCUCUGGGCAAUUUAGACAGUGAAACUGACUUCGUUUACCUGCUUGCAGCGUAUUAGAACAGAUGACCCUUGCUAAUAUUGUAUUUUCUCUUAAAACAUAGCUUUCCUGUAAUUUAAAUUGCUUUUAUGAAAAUAUUUGUAAUUAAUUAUAUAUAGUUGGAAACAGUAAUAUGCUUUUCCCAUUAUAAUAUAUUUUUGUAUGCAAAUAAAAUUUGAACUGGAGUCUGUA